AUGUCCCCAUCAGCAACAGAAGCCGCAGCGGCCAAGGUCGAGGACAUCAAGGCGAAGGUACUGCCAGCGAAGGAAUCGCAACCCGCUUCUGGACUCUCGGCCCAGGAAGAGGAGCUUCCCGAAGUCCGGACAGGCCACAAGGAGCCUCUCAAGAAGAGCGGCGUCCUCGACCAGUUCGAGCAUUUCGACGUGACGCCCAUCAUCGGCCGCGAGUACCCGACCGUCGAUCUUAAGGAGCUCCUCAGAGCACCGAACUCUGACGACCUCAUCCGCGACCUGGCAAUCACUAUCUCGCAACGCGGCGUCGUGUUCUUCCGCAAGCAGGACAACAUCGACAAUGACCUGCAGAAGGAACUCGUCCAGCGCCUGGGCGAGCUCUCGGGGAAGCCCUCGACCUCGAAGCUCCACAUCCACCCCGUCAACAACUCCGCGAGGGGCGACACCAAGGACGAUGCGAUCAGCGUCAUCUCGUCGGCGCAGGCCAAGAAGCUGGACUUGCACCGCUUCCUGAACUACACCAAGAAGCAGACGCAAAAGACGCAGUGGCACUCGGACAUCACCUUCGAGCCCGUCCCGAGCGACUACGCUCUGCUGCGUCUGACCCAGCUGCCCAAGACGGGAGGAGACACCCUCUGGGCCUCGGGCUACGAGGUGUACGACCGGAUAUCGAAGCCGCUCCAACGGUUCCUCGACACCCUGACCGCGACGUACGCGCAGCCCGGCUUCAACGCCGCGGCGGAGAAGAACGGCUUCAAGCUCUUCACCGAGGCGCGCGGCGCCCCCGAGAACGUCGGCGAGCUCCUCGAGGCCGUCCACCCGGUCGUCCGCACCAACCCGGUGACCGGGUGGAGGAGCAUCUUCGCCGCGGGCCACCACGUGUCGCGGAUCAACGGGCUGUCGGACGAGGAGUCGCGGCACUUCCUCGACUGGUUCGUGCAGCUCAUCGUCGAGAACCACGACCUGCAGGUGCGGUACCGCUGGCAGAACGAGAACGACGUGGCCAUCUGGGACAACCGCUCCGUGUACCACGCCGCCACGCCGGACUACGUGACCGAGGGCCUCGGCGAGAGGAAGGGCUCGCGCUCCGUGAGCCUGGGCGAGAGGCCAUACUUUGACCCCCAGAGUCUCAGCAGGCGGGAGGCCUUGCGGGCUGAGGCCAUUGUCAGCCUGAAGUCCGACUCGAGUUGA